AUGAAUAAAUAUGCUUUGCAAGAAUAAGAAAUUUUAAAUGAAAUUAUUGAUUAAAUAUACUCAAAUACCUUAAAUGAGACUAAAACCAUUGUUGAAGAAAUCUAUAAUGUUAAGAGACUUAUUUCCAUAGAAUAAUAUCUACCUAAUAUAUGUGGAUUUUAUGCACUUUUUAAUACAUAUUUUGAAAUCAAUCAUAAUGUUGCUCUAUUUUGGAAAUUUUACUUUGAAUUAAUUAAAUUGUUAAACUUAACAUUUGAAGGAGAUUUCGAAAAUUUUGAUGAAUUAUAGAGAUAUCAUCUUGAUUAUUUACUGAAUAAUAACAUUGUAUAAUAACUAAAAGUUUAUUAAGAAUUUGGAAAUAAAAUACCAAAAGAAAUAAAUUCAUUAUUUUAUGGGUGCGAUAUCAUUUAAAAUUCAAUAGAACAAUUAUCUACCUUAUAAGAUUAAUUUAAUAGAUUAAGAUAAUAAUAGAUAUCUAAUUUAACACUUAUUUGUGGUAUAACAAUUCAUUAUUUAAUAAUUGAUUUAAAAUGGGAGAAUGGUAAAUUGAAUAUUUAUUUGAUUGAUUCAAAAAAUGAGAGUAUAUAAAAACUGUUUGAUAAAUAGUUACUUAUUGAUUAAAAUCUUCCAUUAGAAAAGCGAAGAAGAAGAAGAUAUAAAAUUGAUUUAAGAAAUUUAAUUAUGAUUUUAUAAAGAUUAUUGAUUGGAUAAGAUAUAGUUGAUAUAUACUUAGAAUAUGCAAUCAAUGCAAUAAGAGAAAGUUUUGAAGAUUAUUCUUCAGAUAAGUAAUUAAAAAAAUGGAUAAUUGAUGAAUAUCCUUUGCCAGUUAUUAGACAUAUGAUAUUCAAUGUAGCUAAAUAAUUCAAUAAGAAAUUAAAUUAAAUGUCAUGGAUAUUAGAAUAUGAGAAUGAAGAACUAAAUAAUUUGAAAAAUGAAUUAGCUACUUUUAUUUGA